CUUGUUAUUUUCCACUAAAACCUCUCUUAGAAUUCUCAAUCUAUAAAACCUCUUUCAACAUUCAUCGUUCCCUCCGAAAAACCCCCACUUUCCUUCCUUCCUUCACAUUUCCCUUUGCUUUCUUCGCUUCCUAUUUUUGUCUUCAUGGUUUUCUCUCUUUGACUCUUUUUUCUUUCCCUUCUUUUCACGUUUUCCGAGUGAAAUAGAUUCCUUCCUCCCCUUUGAAAAGAAAGAAAAAAAAAAAAAAUGGUGGAACAGAGCGAGAAAAUUAAUGGAAAAUUUCCCGAGAAAGAAGGAGAUAUGGAAACAAAAAAUGGAUUUGAUUCUGAAAACGAUUCGAAUUCGGAUUCAAUUCAAAAAUUUUCCACCGAAAAACCCGAGAAUAUUAUAGCCGUUACGAAGCGUCCCCAUUUACAAGUAGUUAUCCAACCUCAUUCACAGCUCCCGAAGCCCGAGGCACCUCCUGGACUGCUCCCUUCCAUUUCUAAGAAAAGCGACGAAAACGACGUCGUAGAUACCGUUUCCGAUAGCUUCACCGUCGACAUGCCGGCGAUCGGAAAAUUCAUUCGAGAGAGGAGUAACAAUUUCUCGGCUGCGAUCACGAAGCGAUUGUCGUCUCUCAAAGAGAACGAUCAGAAAUCGAGCUCCGACGUGAAAGAGUUCAGCCUCUCGGAACUCAGAGUGGUAGUGAAGCUCAAAAACCAACAAGAAGAAGAAGCAGUAGAUAAAGAAACCAUGAAAGGCCGGAUCAGCUUCUUCUCGAGGUCGAAUUGCAGAGACUGUACGGCAGUACGGAGGUUCUUCAGAGAGAAAGGGCUUAAAUUCGUGGAGAUAAACAUCGACGUUUAUCCGCAGAGAGAGAAAGAGCUUAUCGAAAAGACAGGUAGCUCGACCGUACCGCAGAUUUUCUUCAACGAGAAGUUAUUCGGUGGUUUGGUAGCCCUGAACUCGUUGAGAAACAGUGGUGGAUUUGACCAGAGGUUGAAGGAAAUGGUGGGCCCCAAAUGUCCCGACGACGCUCCGGCCCCACCGGUUUACGGAUUCGACGAUCACGAUGAUGAUGAGGUUGAGAAGCCGACGGACGAGAUUGUUUCGAUCGUGAGGGUUCUGAGGCAUAGAUUGCCGAUUCAGGACCGUCUGAUGAAGAUGAAGAUCGUGAAGAACUGCUUCUCCGGUGGGGAAAUGGUGGACGCCAUCGUUAACCAUUUGAACUGCGACCGUAUUAAGGCAGUUGAGGUUGGAAAGCAGCUUGCAAGAAAGCACUUCAUUCACCAUGUCUUUGGAGAGAGUGGUUUCGAAGAUGGAAACCAUUUUUAUCGUUUCCUUGAGCAUGAACCAUUCAUUCCAAAAUGCUUUAAUUUCCGAGGUACCAUAAACGAUUGUGAACCAAAGCCAGCAGCCAAAAUUGGUGAAAAGCUCACCAAGAUCAUGUCUGCCAUACUUGAAGCCUAUGCCUCUGAUGAUCGUCGUCAUGUUGACUACAUUGGCAUCAGCAACAGUGAGGAAUUUCGAAGGUAUAUAAAUCUGGUCCAAGAGCUUCACCGAGCCAACCUUGUCGAACUCUCAGAGGAUGAGAAACUUGCUUUCUUCUUAAACUUGUAUAAUGCCAUGGUGAUCCAUGCAGUUAUAAGAGUUGGACAUCCAGAAGGUCUAAUUGAUAGGAGAUCCUUCUUCUCUGACUUCCAAUAUCUAGUCGGAGGUUACCCCUAUUCUCUUAAUACUAUCCAAAAUGGGAUUCUCAGAAAUAAUUGUAGGCCUCCUUAUUCCUUUACCAAGUCCUUUGGCUCAGGAGAUGAACGUCUAAAGCUUGUUCUUGGCAAAGUGAAUCCAUUGAUUCACUUCGGACUCUGUAAUGGAACAAGGUCAAGCCCAACUGUUAGGUUCUUCAUAUCCCAAGGAGUUGAAGCUGAAUUAAGAUGUGCAGCAAGAGAGUUUUUCCAAAAUGGUGGAAUGGAUGUUGAUUUGGCUAAGAGAACUGUGUAUCUAGCUAAGAUUAUCAAGUGGUUUGAUGGGGAUUUUGGUAAGGAGAAAGAAAUACUCAAGUGGAUAAUCAAAUACUUGGAUGCAACUAAAGCUGGUCUCUUGACACAUCUUUUGGGUGAUGGAAGCCCAGUAAAUAUUGUGUACAAGAACUAUGAUUGGUCUGUGAACACUUAGAAAAUUUCCACAUAGGUGCUUCUGGUUCAAAAUUGAAAGAAAAUCCUUAGUGGUAUUGCUUCAUUUCAGAAAAAAGGUAUUGUAUAUAAAAUACUUCACAAUUUGAAGGCUUUCUCACUCAUAGAGGUAGAAGGAAGUAUUGAAAUAGAAGUAAAUGAUUUUUGUUAAUUUACAAUGUAUUGUUGGAGACAGAGGAGAGAUGAAAGUUAGAUUUCUGGUCUUUUAAGAAGAUGGGAAAAGCAAUGUAAUUGGUUGUUUAACUUUCAUAUUUGUUUAUUUUCUGUUCAUUGAUCAAUGAUUUAUUUUAUAAGAAGAGAAUGAUUAAACCA